GUUAGUGUGGUAGAACGAUGCUACACAUACCAUGGUUGUGAGUAUCUGCUGCAGUUUUGUGCUUCGCUCACUGCUCAGAUGCCAAGCUCAGGCUAUCGCUUCAAUGAUAAUCGUGAUGGUACAACUUCAAUGUACCAUGGCUGUACUGGAAAGCUCCUUGUGACCUUCAGGAAUGAAAAUCGGGACUAUGAUAAGUACAGCCAUGAGGGGCGAAAUAUUCAAAAGAAACUUUUGCUUUCACCAAGUACUCAUAAUGAAAGAAAAGGAAGUAAUGGGACUACAGCCAUGUUUCAGCCACCCAUUAGAGACAUAUAUCUAUGUGACAAAUGUGAGAAUGAAUUUUAUAGUCUACGAGAAGUUCAGACCCAUGAAAGACAGUGCCGUGGGGAUACCCCAGCAUCCCCAGCAGUACCCUCGCCAGAGCCUGAACCUGCUGAUGAAGAUUUAGAGCCUACUGGACAGGUGCCUUUUCUUGCCUACUUGAAUCUUCAACCAGCUGAACAUACAGGGAUUAAGCCUUACAUGUCUCCAAGAAAGAGAAAUGCCAUAAGUCCUCCUAGAAAGUUGUUUGGACCAACAUAUCCUAGAUAUGAUUCAAUAUCUCUAAGUUCCCCUCUUGGAAA